CCUCCAAAAACACCACAAGCAGCGAUGCACUCGGGCUGGUUUUACUCGCACCAACAGAGGCUCGAAUCUAUCGCGGCAUAUAUAGUACUUUGGCUUUCUACGCCACGAAAAAGUGGAUUCCCCAAUUCUCCCUCAUCAGAAAGUUUUUCCGUCUCUGUCUUAACAUACUCGUCUCUCCUUUCUUCUGCUUUUCCAAAGAAACCUUGAAGAAAGCGGCUCGUUAACACCAGUUGGACGCCAUUGACGUGUUAUUAAACAUCAUUGUCAGUGAAUUUUGUGUUAGUGCAGCAAACUAGAAUCCAUUUUCGGAUUGUUCACUCGACUUAGACAACCUCCAAUACUGAGUGUUUCUGUUCUGUGUUCCGAGAGUCGUCGCCAUCAUUGAAAAAACGGUGCAUAAAAGUAAGGAAUACGAGACGUGAGAGGGAAACGACAAACAGAUAAGCGACCGAGCAGCAGCUAAAGUUGGCAGGGCAAGUCUAUCUCCUUAAUAUAGAGAGAUAUCGGGCAAAAGGCGAGGUCAUUCAGUCAGCACAGGCAAUCGACGGCGUAGAUGGUUUUUCAAAAUUGUUAGUCUCAGACGAGACCAAUGUGAAGUUCACUGCAGAGGCAUCGUCUGAAACACCUGUUGAUGUGCACAGUGCCGUCGUGUCGUCCAUUCUCAAGCACCACAUUGAUCGAAACCAGCAUCAGAACAAAUUACACUAUCGCCUCUUCAUAGAAAUUAGUUCAACGCGUUCGAGCGGAGUUACUCUGCUGUUUAGUUCACCAUGGCUUAUCGAGAAAAUCGCUUGCCGGGCCCAACCAACGGUUACUCACCAGGUGGAGGCAACGGAGGUGCACAAGCGGAUAUUGAGGACGGGCCAAGCUUUGUUGUCGAACACUUAGCUACGUUUACCGUUUCGCAGCAAAAUGAAGUCAUGUAUCCAGCAGACGGAAUGCGCCGACUGUUGCACAUGGAAAAGACGUCGGGCAUCUGGACGCAGAAGAUGAUUUUGCGUCUUGACCGUGAGUGGGUCACUAUUCAAGAUUUCGAGAAUGGCGAAGUGGUCGAACGUUUCCCGCUUAACCUGAUCGUCGAGCCGACUGCUUUCACCAGUUUGGACCCAAAGGAUUUGUACAACAACAUUUUCAUCUUCGUGGUUGGUGAGGAUCCACUCAACCGUGACCCACCCGAAAUGCACAUCUUCCAGUGCGUUGGCGUCUCCUCAGAACUCGUUACCGAAGAUAUGAAGAUGUACCUUGCAGGUAAUUACAGACCGAGCAAUCCUUCGCGCAUUCCACCGCCACCGAACAAGCCGCCACCAGAGCCACCACUCAACGGGGCCAAUCAAACAGUUUUUAUGCGCCACAUGAACGAUGACGCCAGUUCAACGUCGAGCGAACGCUAUGAAAAGGACGUGACGGUACUGAAUCGCUGCUUUGACGACAUCGAGCGUUUCAUAGCUCGUUUACAACACGCUGCUGCAGCUCGCCGCGAGCUCGAACGCCGUAGGAAGUCGCGGAAAUCCAAAAAGAAGGAACAAGGUGAUGGUAUGCUUUCCAUGAGAGCUCGACCACCUAGCGAGGCCGAAUACAUCGACAUCUUUCAGAAAUUUAAACUUUCCUUUAACUUAUUGGCCAAACUGAAAUCGCAUAUUCACGACCCCAAUGCUCCGGAGUUGGUACACUUUCUGUUUUCGCCAUUGACGCUGAUCGUGGAGGCAUCACACGAGUCUAAUACGGUGCCCAAUCUUCCGGCCUGUGUCGUCGCUCCACUGCUCACAUACGACGCCAUCGAAUUGCUUUCAAACUGUUUAUCCAGCAAAGAAACGGAGCUGUGGCACUCUCUUGGAGAAGCUUGGCACACUCCAAAGGAUAAGUGGAACAGCUACGUCGUCCCUUACGUGCCCACGUUCAUGGAUGGUUGGACACCGGAUGCCUCGUUCUUCCCUGAGGAGAAGGAAGAGAACAAACGCUCAAAUACGGAAAUGACGCGAUACAGUAGUGAGUUUUUCUAUGACAGCGACCGUGGAGAUAGAAGAUCGCACUCGCCACCGUCUGAUCGCGAUUUUGGUCCACGUAGUGACAUUUCUAAUGAUUCGAUCGAGAAGAACGGCGACCCGGCUGCUCGUUUCGAGCAUCAACAACGUCGCUGGCUGUCGGAAUUGAAAGCCCGUAACGCCAAGAUCGUACAGGUUACCUAUCCGCGAACAGCCAACAACGACAAGGAACUGACUGUCGUCCGCGGUGAAUAUCUGGAGGUAUUAGACAAUAGCCGCAAGUGGUGGAAGGCCCGGAACAUGCAUGGCGUAACGGCGCACGUGCCGCACACAAUCGUGACGUUGCUGGUGCAGGACGACGACGUUUUCACUCCUCCUUCGUCUGCCGGUUGGCAUAAAGGCAAAAAAGGGGACACGAGUGACAGCUACAGCGAGGAUAGCGAUGGCCUGCCAGCGAAGAGCCGUCGACAAAGACCAAGAGCCGAAUCUGUUGUCUCCAUUCCACCACCACCUCCACCUAUGCCGCCUAAAGAAUCUGAAAAGAAGCAUAAACCAGCCAAAAAGGAGGAAGUCAUCAAGCCUAAACCUUUACAAAAGAGCGCCAGCAAUCAAGACCUUAUGGUGGAAGAGCUGAAACAUCUAUUGGACAUUUACCAACCAGAAAAAAGUAAAUUGGACAUUCGUAAGACUCCCGAAACGUACAUCACACUAAAAUCGACUCCCGAUGAAGUCCGUAAUUGGCUUAAAGCAAAAGAAUUUGACAUUGUAAUUCAAAAACGCUUGAAUGGUAUGAGUGGCGAAGAGUUGUUUAAACUCAAGAAAGCCGAUUUGGAGAAAUACUGCGGUAAGGAAGAAGGUCGUCGACUGGACUCGCAAUUGACGCUGCAACGUAAAGCCUCUGGGUACCAAACAAUGCGCUCGUCUGAACUACACGAAGCGUUGAAGAGGGCAAGGAUGAAAACCGAAACAGAUGGCAAGAACGGGAAAGAACAGCCGAAAGCUAAAAGUCAACCAAAACGCGAAGAACGCGAUACUCCAGAGCCCAAGGAGUUUUACUUGAACAGCGGGUCUAGUGAUCGUACGCCCUCACCAACGCCCGUGAAAAAACAUGCAAAAAAACCAGCUAAAACCAAAGUACCUCUGAAUUUAGACGUCGACUAUGAUUCCGACGAUGACGUCCCAGUUCCGACCGGCACGUUGCGUGACAUCAUUCGCAAGCAAAAAAAGAAGAUGCAAAGUAAUAGCAGCUAUGACGACUAAGCAAUUUGAUUUCGCCAUUCCACAUGUUACAUCAAAUUCUUAUGUGUGUGGUCCACCACACAUUGCUGUUUUACUGAACCCAACAACUGAAGCAGAUUUACUUAUAUUAUUACUUAUAUCAGAGCAAUUCAAAUUAUAGAAAUUGUUCGAGAAAUUUAUUUCAGUAUUCCGUCAAAACUAGAAAUGUUAUUUCCUUUACGUUUUCGAGUAAUGCCCCACCCUUAAUAUGGCACAUUUUUUUUUAAUUUCAGAGUAGUAAAAGACUUCAAGUAAAUCGCUGAUUGGUUUAAACAGCUGGUGCAACAGCCCGCUGUUCAGUUUCUGACACCGAAAUACACGUUAUACAGCAUAAGAA